CACAAUGGUGAGAUUUCCUGCAGUAGUUUGUGCCUCUGCCCCUCCCACAAUGGGGAGAUUUCCUGCAGUAGUUUGUGUCUCUGCCCGUCACACAAUGGGGAGAUUUCCUGCAGUAGUUUGUGUCUCUGCCCGUCACACAAUGGGGAGAUUUCCUGCAGUAGUUUGUGUCUCUGCCCGUCACACAAUGGGGAGAUUUCCUGCAGUAGUUUGUGUCUAUGCCCCUCCCACAAUGGUGAGAUUUGCCCCAGUAGUUUGUGUCUCUGCCCCUCCCACAAUUGGGAGAUUUCCUGCAGUAGUUUUUUGUGUCUCUGCCCCUUCCACAAUGGUGAGAUUUUCUGCAGUAGUUUGUGUCUCUGCCCCUCCCACAAUGGGGAGAUUUCUCUGCAGUAGUUUGUGUCUCUACCUCUCCCACAAAGGGGACAUUUCCUGCAAUAGUUUGUGUCUCUGCCUCUCCCACAAUGGUGAGAUUUUCUGCAGUAGUUUGGGUCUCUGCCCCUCCCACAAUGGGGUGAUUUCCUGCAGUAGUUUGUGUCUCUGCCCCUCCCACAACGGGGAGAUUUCCUGCAAUAGUUUGUGUCUCUGCCUCUCCCACAAUGGGGUGAUU